GCGACUCGCCACGACGUAGUGUAGCAGCGUUCCUUGACCACGAGCUCUCGUCCCGUUCGUUGUUACGAGCGGUUCUCGUAAAAAUGAAUGUGAUCGCGAAGUCGACGAGCCUCUCGCCGUUUCUACGGGCGACGGCGACGGCUGUUUCGAACGGCGGCAUACCAGUCGCCGCGACCGGUAAGGUUCAGAAACCGAAGAUUGCCGUUCCGCCUACCGUCAAACGGACUCACGGCCAAAGUCUCUAUCAGGAUCUCCUUAUCGGACCUACAUGCAUAAGCUCGGGAGUCGCAGUCAGCACACAAGUACAUCAGCGACGACUGGCCCAUACCGAUAUCCAGUUUCCAGAUUUCACAGAUUACCGCAGGGAAGAAGUCAAAGAACCACAUUCAAAAUCAAGAGAUAGCGCAGAAACACGCAAGAAUUUCUCAUAUCUCAUAUCAGCUGGUGGUUGCGUGGCAGGUGUGUACGGCGCGAAAGUGAUAGUACACGACCUCGUCGGUAUGCUGAGUGCAUCAGCUGAUGUACUUGCUAUGUCUAAGAUCGAGAUUAAGCUCGACUCGAUUCCUGAAGGAAAGAGUGCCGUCUUCAAGUGGCGCGGAAAACCUUUGUUUGUACGACAUAGAUCACAAUCAGAAAUUGCGAACGAAGCUAAAGUGGACGUCGCGAGUCUCCGUGAUCCAGAAGAAGACAGUGUACGCGUGAAGGAUCCCAAGUGGCUGGUCGUACUGGGUGUGUGCACGCAUCUGGGAUGCGUACCUAUUGCCAAUGCGGGAGAUUUCGGCGGUUAUUAUUGUCCAUGUCACGGUUCCCACUAUGACGCCAGUGGCAGAAUCAGGAAAGGACCCGCACCGUUGAACCUCGAAGUACCACCCUACGAGUUUCCUGAAAGCAAUAUGCUCAUCGUCGGUUAAUGACUAUCCGAUAACUGUAGUCAAAUAAUAAAUGUUAUUUAUGAUAAGACGCUCCGCGUGUACACAUGCAUAAGACCUGUUACCGACGAUGAGGAUAUACGGAAGAGAGCGUGUUUUGUAUUAUAUCUCUUAAAAGACAUACGAAUGUCGAUUGGACUCAAAAUGGCCGAUGUAACGCUCACGCUACUGUAUAUCGAAUUUAGAAUAAAUUACUGUUAAAUGAGAAAUA